CUGGGACAGACCAGCUCUUUGGCUCUCAUCUGGGUCCUGGCUGAGGAGCUUCCCCCAACAGGAUGCAGAGCCUAGGCACAGUGCUGCAGGGUUGGAGCUGGUGGACUUCACAGCUGGGUGACCACUCUGAGCUGUCUGUUGUGAUGGCUGCAGGAGGCAGGUCCCUGUGGAGAAGGGGGUGGUGGGUUUGAGGAGCCUCAGCCUCAGUCCUCCGUGGAGAUGGGGUGGGCAUGGGCAGAUGGGAGUCAGGGUGUCAUGCAAUCACAGGGAGGAUCUGGAGGCCCAGGGCUAUAUCUGUUGAAGCCUCCUGGAUGGAGCCAGCGCUGGGGGCUGUGAGAUGCAGGCAUGACAUGGUGAGGAGAGGCAGUGAGUGCAUGUGCUCCUGAAUCCCAUCUCAUAACCCUACACUGGAUCUUGGGGCUCCCUAUUGGUGACCCUGUUAAAUCCUAAUCCUUUCAGAGGUCCCUGGUUAAUGAGGUUUCUACCUCUUCACACCUCAUGAAGGCAGAGCCUCAAGACUGUGCUCAGACUAUAGCCUAGCCACAGGGAGUCCUCAGUAGGGAGUUGUUGGGACCAGCAGUGUAAGAAAAUGGGCUGUGGGAAGGACUCUAGAGUGAAGAGUGGUCCUUGGGGUGGGGCAGCAAGUCAGGGCCCUGGGCCUCCAGUGCAGACAUGCAGGGAGGGCAGGCUGGUGGUAUGGACGGGGGCCCUCUGCUGGCAUUCGUCCGUGUCACUCCUGGAGCAGGAAAUGACCACUAUAAGGUGGCCAGGAGUGUAUCUGACACUGGUGAGGCAGUGGGCAGUGUGGAGGGUCACCUGUGGUCACAGGAUGGACAGCUGGCCUGCUCCGGGUCCUUCCAGGUCUGCCUGCAGGGGACAGUGGCAAGAGCCACAGUUGGGGAGACCAGGGCCAGAGUAGCCAUGGGGCGCAGGUCAGAGCCAAGGAUCAGUGUGUAUUGGGGAGACGAGAGGGAAGACUGCCAAGCUGACCGUCACAGUCAGCUUGGUCACUGGUGGAGGGUGGGACCCCAGGAUGCAAAAGUCUAUUUGAGUGCAUCGGUGACUAAGGAGGGGUGACAGCUGCAGAGACAGCCUGGAGGGACCAUCCUCAGGGGACUACCUUGGCAGGUAUGGCCUGAAGAGGUAAACACCUGGGGGUACUGAGGACACCUGCGAUGGGAGGGGGGUGCUGUCGUCCUCCAAGCCACCAUUGUCAGGGGCUCAGCCCCACAGUGUGAGUCCUGAGAGUGCAGUGGCUGCGGCUAGGUAGGUGUGCAGGAAGCAAAGCCUCCAGGAUGGGGCACAGUGCACUGGGGCUGAGACCCAGGUGUCAAGAAUUGGACUGUGGUCUUUGCACCAGGAAGGAAAGUGUAGGGCCAGGUUUCCCCUUGGCCUUAUAAGGGUAGCCAGCCUGACAGAAUGCUUCAGUGAGCUUCUUCCCCACCUGAGGGUGGGCUCUGGGCCAUCACGGGCUUGGCAGUAGCUUUUGCCAGUACUACACCCACCCAUGGAUGUAGCACCUCCUUAUUGUAGCCCUUGCCCGCCUCAUCAGUAAAAUGUGAAACUGUGGAGACCAGAGGGGUCCUGGAGAACCCUCUUCCCUGCCUCAGGGCUUUCACAACUUUCUGCAGAAGGAUAUCCUGGAUGGCUGGGGAGCUGGGGACAGGAUUGCCUGGGAUUAGGCCUGUGCAUGCUGCCUCCGUGCAAGUGAGGGAGAUGGGGAGGCUGCCUCCAAAGGAGGGGCGCCUGGCCAACAGCAGGCAGGUGGACCGGAAAGUUGGGGCCUCUGCCCUCUACCUUGUGCCAAGUUCCACAUGUGCCCAGCUGCCAAAGGGACCCUGAACCUCAUGUGCAGUGUGGGGGCCUCUACCUCGCCUGGGUUCUAAUACUCAAUGUCCUAACAGUUCCUCCCCACUCGCCAGUCCUGCACCUGCCACCCUGUAACCCUGUGACCCUCAAGCACCCUGCCUCAGCACUGUAGACUAGGCUGUGGUUAGGUUGGGUUAUUUUUAAGUGUGGCCCGUCUGGGGUGGUGGGGAUAGUAAGGGGGCCUUGUUGGGGGUUGCAGAGAUGGGACAGAGGAAGGUCAGGCUAAGAUUAGAGAACCCAGCCGGACAGGCACAGGAGAGGCAGUGGUAGUGGGGGGUGGUCCGUGUUGGGCAGACUGGGCAGCACGGAGAUCCAGGAGGCCGCAGGGGGUCCUCUUCGCCAAACCAGUCUCCUGUGGGAGCCGCAAGCUGAGGAGGGGGUGACCAGCCUGAGAGGGGGCCCUGGCCGACAGCCAGACCUCCUCGCCCAGCGCCUCAGUCCAGCCUAAGUCCCGCCCGGCUGCACCCCUGACUCACUUCCUCUGCGGGAAGCGGAAACCUCCCUGGAGCUUCCUCCGCUGCGGACUCUCCCUGGGGACCCGCAGGUGUCGCGGCCCGGAAGGCCCCAAAACCACCGCACCCCGGAGCCCGGCGUUUCCUGCUUCCUGCAUCGUCUCAGGGCCGCAGCUGUGCAGAGGGCACGGAGCUGGGGAGCGCGCAGCUCUAGGGCGGGUGACCUGCAUGCCGAACACUGGCCCCUCGCCAUGGACCCGCAGCCCGCGAACCCCGCGAACCCCGGGCCUCGCACCCCGGACCCCUACGUGAUAGCGUCGGUACGCGCCGCGCUCCGCCUGCGCCGCCGCGUGUUCGUCCUGCGUAAGCGCAGCCUCUUGCAGCCCGGCGUAGGGUCGAGCGAGGGGCCCGGGGCUCUCAGGCCAAGCUGCAGUCCUGGGACUCUGCGCACCGACCUGGCGAAACCCAAGUUCUUCACCUUUGAUGGCCCGGCCGAACUGGAGCCCCGGACGCCUCGCAAGAGACGGCGGCGCAGCCGCGUGGUGCUCUACCCCGAGGCAUCGCGCAGAUGCCGGCCGCGUGCGGAGCGCCAGAGCCGCGCGCAGCGCUGCCUGCUGCUGCUGGUAGCCAUCGUGGGCUUCCAGGUGUUGAAUGCCAUCGAGAAUCUGGAUGACAAUGCGCAGCGUUAUGACCUCGACGGACUAGAGAAGGCGCUGCAGCGCGCCGUAUUCGGACAGCCCGCCGCAGUGAGCCGAAUCAUGGCGCUGUUGCGUGACUACCUGGCCACGCAUGUGCACAGUCGCCCGCUGCUUCUGGCGCUACACGGGCCCAGCGGCGUGGGGAAGAGCCACGUGGGCCGCCUGCUGGCACGCCACUUCCACGCGGUGCUGGAGGAUGGGGCGCUCGUGCUGCAGUACCAUGCCCAGCACCACUGCCCUGAGCCGCACGCUGCACAGGGCUGCCGCGAGGAGCUGGCGCGUCGGGUGGCUGCUGUGGUGGCGCAGGCGGAGGCUGAGGAGAAGACGCCGCUUGUGGUGCUGGACGAGGCAGAGCUCCUGCCACCUGCGCUGCUGGACGAGCUGCAUGGCCUCCUGCAGCCGCAGCGGGCACACCAGUUCCACAACGCCAUCUAUGUCUUACUGAGCGGCAUGGGUGGGGCCGAGGUCACGCGCUUCGUGCUGCAGAACGCGUCCCGCGCUCUGGCCCCAGGCCCCGAUGCCAUUGUGGCGGAGGAGGAGCUUCGCACACGCCUCCAGGAGCUGCUGGUGCGCGAGCACCCGCUGUGGAGCUCCGCAGCCGUUGUGCCCUUCUUGCUACUGGACAAGCAGGAUGUGGUCAGCUGCUUCCGGGACGAGAUGGCUGGAGAGGGCUUCUUUCCUGAGCAAGCGCGCGCAGAGAGCCUGGCUGCACAGCUCAGCUACUACCAGGUUGCAGGCCGCGAGUUUGCUGUCACGGGCUGCAAGCAGGUGGUGGCCACAGUGAACCUCUUGUAGUGCAGGUGUGGACUCUGGCACGGGGCCUAUGACUCAGGGCCAGGGCUGGGUUGCCUGAGGAGGGGGUAGAUGGGAGUGACUGGACUGCAAGUACCCCACUCUGCCUCCACCCCAGGGCUCCUGGAGAGUCCUUGGGGCCACAGGCAGCCAGCCACCUUCCCAUCUUUGACCCCAUUCAGGUUUGACUCCAUUCAGGAUUCCUGCAGCCCCAGGAAGUAGGCAGGCUGUUCCCCUGGUAGAAAGUGAUCCUACAGGGCCAGCAGCCCCCAGGACAUACAGCCAGUCCCCCGGGUCACAGAGCCAGCAUGGGGGGCUUGCUGCAGCCUUCCUUCCCAGGAGCUCCCUAGAGGGCAGUGGAGAGGAUAGAUGUCUCCAAUCCCAAAGUGUGGCCAGGGGACUCUUUUAGUGCUCUGGGACAGGGAAUGGGCCUAAGUGGGGGGCCCCGAUUUCCUGGUGGCUGAACAGGUAUGUCUUGAAUCCAGCUGAUGCCACUCUGGCUCCUGUCCCUAGAGAGUGGUCAGGCCCCCUGUCUGUGGCAUUUCCCGGAGUGCACAGCGCAUAUGCCAGGCCAUGGGAGAGGUGGAGGCCUGGGCCAGGGUGCAGUGACCACCACAGCUGUACAUCUGUCUCCAGUGCGGUGGCCUUUGAUGUCAAAGCUAUCUGCCUCUCCCAGACAAUCCUCAGGGCCUUCACACCAUACUAUUGGGAAGCCCUGGCUCCUUCCACAGCACAAGCCUUAAGAGGAAGAGGCUGCUCAGUGCUGGGAGCUUGUCUGGUGACUCAUCUUGGGGUGCAGUGCCUGGCUUCACCCCAGCCCUUCAGGAGGGUACAGCAGGUGGGAUUGCAGCAGGACAUUGAUUAGGACAAAAACCUGAGUGGGGCAAAGAAUGAGAGGCCCCUGGGGGUGGCGGUGCUACCUGAGGUUAAGGCCUGGGAUGUGUAUGUCCCUGGUCUGAGCUCCUUCCUGGAACUAUCAGAGCCGGUGUCCCUUGAGGGGCCCGCUAACCCACUACCUGAGGGCCUGCUCAUUUGUGGGGAUUCAGGUCCAAGUCUUGGGGCAGACUGAGCAGUCCAACCUGAGCCAAGCACAGCCACUUGGCCUGGGGAGAUCAGGAUCCUCCUCCCCUGGGACUGGGCUCCCUCUUCCAGCCCCAAUGGAGGGCAUUGGCUCUGCACCACCUCAGCUCUGUGCUGAUGUUCCAGGGUGUGAUGCUGGGAUCCUCACUGCUCCCCAUGGGGGUCCCCCAGGACUGUCCCUGCCCAGCACAGCACUGACCUCAAGGUGUCACCUCCCCAGGUAGGUGGAGUGCAUGUUCUCUACCCAGCUAGCAGCACCCACAGGUGUCUGCUGAAACCUAUGUGGGAUUUUAUUUAUUUCUAAACUAUCCCAUCAAAGUAGAUUUCAGUGCUUAAUAGGAAUGUGCACUUGGCACCGUGAACUGAUUGUAUCACACCUGUAAUAAAUCAUGUGGCUAAACCCCA